CGUUUUACAUCUCAAAGCGUCCAUGUUGAAUUUUUUCCGUAGAACAGAGUGAAGAUUUCUUUUAAAAAUUGUGUCUUCAAAUUUACUGAAAAAGUGCAUCCUAGUAACAAGUAAAUUAUAAUUAAAUUGUUAGCAAGUAUUCGUUUGGUGUUUUGCGACAUAAUUUAACCUUUUCGCCUCGUCGCAAGUGUGUAAAACUCAGUUGAAAAAAUUUUGCCAUUGUCAGCGAAUUACAGAGCCAGACCAGCGGAAUAUAUUAGAAAAAAGAAAUAUAGAAACUUGACCAAUUUAUGAAAAAAAAUUGAAAAAUUAAAAAAGUAGUUGGUGGUGUUGUUUUUCCGCAAAAUGAGUGUCGUCGCCGCCUCAGCCACCGCUGCUAUGACUCUUGAUGAACAGAAGACAAUUUUAAAAACUUGUGGUUCGGCUGCAGCUGCAGCUGCUGGCGAUCAUAGUCAUAGCAUAUCGGACAAUAAUGACGAAAACCAUAUUAUACAUAAACAUAAGGCAGCGUCAUCAACAUCCUCAACGACAUCGGCUACAACUAUAAAUCCCAACGAAGCAGGUAGUGUUGUCCUGCAUCCUCCAGCUUCACCACAAAUCACCAUCAUCAAUAACAACUCAUCAACAACAUCGACGCUUCUAGCCUCGGCCUCCGCUGCCACAGAAAUUAAUUACACAGCCCAGCAUCGACGUUUGUUGGAAGAAGAAAUACACAAUCUUAAAAUUGAACAAAGUCGGGUUCAACAGCAAUUUACCGAUGCCCAGCGACGGGAAAAAAUACUUAUGCGUAGACUUGCCAACAAAGAACAAGAAUUUCAAGACUAUGUCAGUCAAAUCGCAGAAUACAAGGCUGCACAGGCUCCUGGUCCCGCAGCUUUACGAUCUGCACUUCUUGACCCUGCUGUCAAUUUACUCUUUGAAAAACUUAAAAAAGAAUUACAAGCAACUAAAGCGAAGCUUGAAGAUACUCAGCAAGAAUUAUCAGCUUGGAAAUUUACACCGGACUCGAAUACAGGAAAACGGCUAAUGGCCAAAUGUCGGUUAUUAUAUCAGGAAAAUGAAGAACUUGGAAAAAUGACUUCAAACGGGCGCUUAGCAAAGCUGGAGACUGAACUAGCAAUGCAAAAAAGCUUUGCAGAAGAAGUUAAAAAAUCACAAUCAGAACUCGAUGACUUCCUCCAGGAACUUGACGAAGAUGUCGAAGGAAUGCAAAGUACAAUUUUGUUUCUACAACAAGAAUUGAAAACCACUCGAGAUCGCAUUCAAUUUUUGGAAAAGGAAAAUUACCAACUUAAAAAUGGAACAACCGACGAACCUACCGAACCUGCUACUGUAUCAUCACCAUCCGCCCAACAACAACAACACCUUUCUAUGAACGGUGGCGCAAUUAAGGCUACCAUUUCUCUUAAAUCAGUGGAUAAUUAUUCUCCACCUUCUAUUGUGAAUUCGGCAAAUCCUAAAUUUGUUCCCGGUGCUAAUUUCAAUAUACUCAGUAGUAGCAAUCUUGAGACAAUAGAAGAAAACUCGUGUCUUAGGACGCAAAAUCCCAACUGCAACAAUAACAGUGGUAAUAAAACAUUGGGUAGUGCAAGUAGUAGUGAGUUUUUUAAUGGAGCCAGUUCGAACGAUGCUAACGUAAACGAUGCUGAACUAACGCAGCCCGUGUCCGCGAACAGUGACGAUCUUAUUAUUGACGCCAGUAGCAAUAGCAAUAGUACCAUGGGCGGUACAACAGUCAAAACGCGUCUUAACUCUCGCAAACGUAAUUUUGACAGUGACUCAAGUGAAUGUGGCAGCACAAAUGGCACCUCAACGCGAAAUGCGGUUGUUAAAAAAACAAAAAAGAAAACUCGUCGUUCUUCCUCCGUGUUGUCGAUUGAUUUGAAUGAAGAUGACUCGCAAAUUGGAGGAGUUUCGGUUGAUCGAAGUGAUGACGAAAAUAGCAAUAGCCAGCCAACCCGAGUAAUGACGCGCCGAAAGUCUGCUCGAAAUCACCAAAAUGGCGGCGAUAAUAUGUAAACAAAACUUCGGGUAAAAAAAUAAUGCAGUAAAAAAGUUAACUUUUGUUAAAUGUUUGCCUCUAAUCAAGCCCAAUGCUUAUUUAGUAAGUAUAAAUAGUUUAAAUUAUUUGUUUAACCUGCUAUCAAGUACAGAAACUCAAGAAGUAAAUCAUUUCUAAACGUAAAUUUUUUUAAACUUGGUUUAUUUGUGUGCAUCUUUUUUUUAAUUUUAUUCCUAUUUGAAUGGGUAGCAAUAAUUUAAUAUUACAUAUUCAAUAACUUGUACAAAAAAAAACGACAGACAAAAAGAAAUUAGUUUAAAAAUUACAUAAUUUUUCGAAAUAUGUACAAACAUAUACUUGAAAAAAAAAAAUCUUUAUUUUAACUAAUACACAACUUAUAAAUACAAUUAUAAUUAAAAAAAUAUAUAAAUAUUAUUAUAUAUUAUAAAUAUAAGAUAAUUUAGUAGUGUUAUUUUGCAGGAAUGUUAUUCAUUCAUAAACGUUUUAAACGAAACAAAAAAAUGAUAAGAAAAUUGUGUAAAAACAACUACGUAUUGACAAAACAAUUAAUAAAUACAAAAUAAGUUACAUAAGUAAUGAAA